CUCCUCCGGCUUCCCCACCGCUUCCAGGUUGGCGUUCCUCCUCCCGCGGCAGGUAAAGCCUUCCCGCGACCCGGCUCCUCCGGGAUCGGCCCCUCGCUCCCGCUGCCUCGUCCCUUUUCCCCUCCCCUUCCUUUCAUCUUUCCCCCCUUUCUUUACCACAACGCCUGGACCGGACCGGUUUUCCCGGGGGCAGCGGGGCGGGAGGAAUGAGCAGCGGGCUGGUGCUGCGCACCCCGCUCCCCGAGGACGCCUCCGUCUUCACCGCGCUGAAGCCCGUCACCAUGUCCGGGGAACCUGGGGAAGACGCUCCCGUCUUUGAGGACAUCAAACCCCCUUCCCGGCCCCUGGAAAACCCGCCCGAUCUGGCGCAGCUGCACCCCCUGCGGAUGGAACAGCGGAUGCUGCCGCUCAUUCUCGAGGCACGGUCCGAAAUGGACAAGUAUCUUUCAAACGAGGUGUCCCCCAUCUCCAUGCUCCCAGACAAGAAGUACCGCCGGGAGAGCGCCUCGGUGGUGGACGAGUUCUUCUCCACAGAGAAGCCCUCUUCCACACCGUACAGCGUGAACAUCAACGUCAUCCUGCCUGACACAACGCACUUGCGCACAGGACUGUACCGGGCACCCAAACCCAUGGCUCCAUUCCCACAGAUCAAAACCGAGCCCGGCACCGGCUUCACCCAGCCCUGCUCCUCUGCCUCCACGCAGACCCUGCCCGACUUCACCAGCGUCUUCAGCAUGCCCCAGUCGGUGGCGGUGAACAACAUCUUCAUCAAGCAGGAGCUGCCCUCUGAGAUCCCCUUGCCCACCAACCCGCAGCAACCCCAGCUUUACCAGAUGCCUCUUGGCAAUGGAAAUGCUGACAUUACCUCUCUGACAUCCUCCUCCAACACCACCACAGCCAUCAACAGCCUCAGCGGUGUCACCAUGUCCACAGGUAGUGCCAUGUCCAGCAUGGUCCACAGACCUGUCCAGCCGGUGAAGCAGUACCCACACGUCUCCCAGGGGCAGGGGAACUUCAACAUCUCAGGGCAGUUCUACCCUGCUCCAGGGGUGAACCUGCCUCCGUCACCCCCCAACUCACAGCCUGGCAGCCCAGAAAACCAGUCCGAGCUCAUCAACACCAUCUCUCCCCCUCCAUCCUAUGAAGCCACUUUUGGACUGAAGUUGGUCCAGUCAUCACAAGUCCCCCCGGUCCCCAAUGGCCUUGGGACCCUCUCCCAAGGGCACAUUGUCAUGCAGCCCCCCAAAUACAACAGACGCAACAACCCUGAGCUGGAGAAAAGGAGAAUCCAUCACUGCGAUUACCCAGGUUGCUCAAAGGUUUAUACCAAGAGCUCGCACCUGAAGGCCCAUCAGAGGACUCACACAGGUGAGAAGCCCUAUAAAUGCACUUGGGAAGGCUGUGACUGGCGCUUCGCCCGCUCCGACGAGCUGACCCGGCACUAUCGGAAGCACACGGGUGCCAAGCCCUUCAAGUGCCUCGCCUGUGGCCGCUGCUUCUCCCGCUCCGACCAUCUGGCUCUGCACAUGAAGCGGCACCAGAACUAGGACCCGUCUCCAUUCAUCUCUCCAAGAGCAGCUGAAACUCUUUAUUCUUUCCCAAGAGGACCUCUCCUCUUCUCGUACAUAGGAACAAACCCAUGCUGUGAUCAACCGGCGGGGCAGGGGUGGGGGAUGCCCCCUCUAUAGCCCUGUCCACAACUGCUUCUGGUUUUAAAAGAAAUCUUCUGUUUAAAGAGCUAUAAUUAAAGACUUGAUCUCAUGACGAUGCUCCUGGUGGCACUGGGGUGAUGGACCUUGGAUUCCAAAGGGCUUUCUUCCAGCAAACCUGCUAUUUAUUUGUCACUCAGGAGCGAGUGUCCUUCACGUCUCGAGCCCUUCGGGAUGUUUUUUUACCCCUUUCAGGGCUGUGCCUUUGCUGAGCCUGAGGAGGGUUGUGAUGGUUUGGUAGCCUGUGGCAGGUCUCACUCCAAACGGGUUGGUGUAAUCCUAUUGGACUGCCCCAUGGAUGUGGCACCACAGACAUGCAAGAACAGGAGCACAUCCCCAAGGCUGUUGACCACUCCAGUCUCUGGCGGGGGCAUAGAAGAAAGGGGCUAUGACAUACUCACCUGACGUGCCUUCAAGCAAGAGACAGCACAAAACCAGAUGACAAAAGCCAUCAUCUGCGCCCUGUUGAGCCCACCUGAGGUUUCCUGGCAGCCAGCUCGCUCGGGGCUGUAAGUAUCUGCCCUGCUUGGCCAGGUUCUUUGGUUGUGUCCUUAGCAUUUCUGCUUCCAAGAUGAGUUUUGACUUUGGGUGUUUCUGGGAGGACCAGCAUGGGUCUUGAAGCCACCCAGAGGACUGCAAAAAGCCAUCGAUAAAGCUCUGUUUUCCCUGAAUACACUGUGCCUUUCUCCAAAAGCACUGGGCAACUGCUCACGCCUUGACCAUGCACACAAGUCAUUGCCAACCACACUAGUCCUGCUGUUGCCAUUUCAUCCCCUCCAGGCAGAAAAGAAGAGGAAAAAAGGGGUUUUGAAACAAAUUCCAAUAAAUUCUGCUGUUGAGAUUACAAUCACGUUACCUACCUCACAGGUUCACACCUCAGGCUCCAUAAGGCACCACCCCUCUUCCAUGGGGUGCUGUGAUGCAUGGGGUGCAUCAGCCAUUCUUCACAGUCUACCAGGGGUUAAACUGAGGCAGAACAAGAACCAGGCCAGGCCAGUUUAAACAGCAGCCAUGCAGGUCAUAAAUAAAUCAGGAACAAAUAAUGGGCCCAGUGUGUUCAACAGAAUAUUGAUUUCCCCCUCACCACCCUCCUCUUUUAUUCUUCCUCCAGUAAGUUGAAGUGACGUGCAGACCCAUGGGUGUCUGCAGCAGGACAUAAAGGCCAUGCCGUGGCACCUUCAGGUGGUAGAAACCUGAAGGCCGCUCCUCUCUGCUAUUGCCAGAUUGCACCUUGGCCAAAACCAGCCCCUGGGCUCCUGGUUGUGCUUUGCCUCAGAUAAAUGAAACUGAACACACCUGCAUGUGGUUGGUCUGUGUGACCAGAGAGGGCAGGAAGGAUUUGGGGAUGCGUGGUGUGGUGGAGGCUUUGGGGUGGAUGAUGGGCUCAGGGCUGGUGCUGCAGGGCUGCUGUGAGCCCUUUGCAUGGCAAGAAUCCUCCUCUUUUCUCCGUGCCACCAGGGAGGAUAGGAAUGGAGGGGUGAAGUCAGGACAUUGACUUGACUUCUGGGUGACUUGAGGUACAUGGGAAGGGCUUUCAAAACCUCAGCACUAGGGCCUUUGCCUGGCUGGAGGGUUCGAUGACAGCAGCCUCUUGACACGGUGUUCAAGUGAGGAUUGGGGAGUCUGGCUCAUAAAUCAGCUCUUGCUGACUACAUCUACGUCCUCAUGUCCUUUUUCCAACUCUGCCAUUGCUUGUUCUCACAGCUUGCGGGGGAUUGGCAGGUGCUGGAGCAAAUGGGCUCAUUUGCCCUCUACCUUGGCUGUAGGAUCUGUCUCCUUUUCAGGGCAUACCUUGCCAAUGGCGCUAGUGUGACCUGGGCUCCUUCUUUCUCCCACCUCACCUUGGAGGUUGGGUUGAGCCAUAUGAGCGAAUAGGGCGUGCAGUGCCACCUCCUGUCCCCAAAAUAGGAGAGUAGGAGUGAUGCAUGGCCUGAAGCCUCCAGGCAGGGGCACUUUUACCUCUUGCUUCUGCUUAGAGAUGGGUCUGGAGAGCCUCAGGGAGGUCUCUGUUUGUGGACAAACAGUGGUGGUGCAGGUGUAGGGACAUGUGUGUCUACCAGCACCGGCAGGUUGAGCUCAUGCCAAGGGCAUUCCAGGGUGGCCUCAGCCAGUCCCUGCUGGUGUCUCCAGGAAGCUCCGUGGAGCUGGUGAGGACCCAACGGGGCCAUGAUGGGACCUGCUGGGCUCCACUCUGCUCCAUUGGCACCCAUUCAGCUCCUCCAUGGAGCCCUGGCAUGACGAGCCUGCAGCAUCACCAUCCCCACAUCCCUCCAUCAGCUCCCAUGGCUCUAACAGCAGCCUCCAUGCAGGAAGAUGAUUUUUGGGGUGCAUCUCUUCUGGUUGAACCUCCUAAAUGCAUGAGCCAAACUACAGGGCGUAGGGGCGACCCCGUCACCACGUGUGCCAUCAGGUUGGGCAUGGGGUUAACCCUCACCCAUGGCCUUCUCCAAGGAGUCUCAUUGCCCCCCUCUUCUUUAUGAGAAGGAAACCUCCGCUUUCCCCCCAUUUCCAUCUCUCCUUCCUUUGCUGUGCUGAUGGAGCUCAAAAUCCAUUUGUUGAACACCAGUACAAAGUCAAAACUACCAACAGGCAGCUUUAAACCUUAGAGGAAUAUUCCUGAUGAUCUUGGGUUUUUUCAGUGCAGAAAAAUGCAUCUGCUCAUCCUCACAUAAACUCCGUGUGUGUGUGUAUAUGUGUGUAUAUAUAUAUAUUUGUUUUUCUUUGAUGUGAUGGGGACAGAGGAAGAAGUGUCUUAACACAAACCCACCACCACCAUUUACUGCUGCCCAGGCAGCACCCCUGCUCUGGAUGCAAAACACUGACAUGCAAAUGUUUUAUUAGUGCAAAGGCAACACCUUAAAACACCAGAGAGGAAACCCACAGCAAGGCUCGGGUUUUAUUUCUCUAUUUUUGGGUGUGCAGAAGAGGACACCUCCAGCCUUGCCUUUCAUUGAAGCUUUUGGUGGCUAUUCCCCAGGAGAUGGGGAGAUGGGGAGUGAUGCUGACGAGCAAAGUCCCUCUUUGCUAUGGGGGGGAUGGCUUGGAGCUGAGUGACGUAGCUGGGGUGUGUGACCCAUAGAAUCACAGCCUGGUUUGGGUUGGAAGGGACCUUAAAGCUCCUCCAGUUCCAACCCCCUGCCACGGGCAGGGACACCUUCCACUAGAGCAGGUUGCUCCAAGCCCCUGUGUCCAACCUGGACUUGAACAGUGCCAGGGAUGGGGCAGCCACAACCCCGGCUGAAUGACGGUCCCUCCAUCCCCUGGGACACUGGGGUGACAGGGACAUCGGGAGGGGUUUGCCAGCCCGUGCUUGGUGCAGAACAAACCCCUGCCUUUGUAUCAUAGUAGGGAAUAUAAAUCACUGUAAAUAGGAGAAGAGCACGUAUCGCUUCGCGGGUCUGUGCGGAUUGAAGUGAUCGAGAUGAACACAAUGUGACAAAAACCAUAAUUGGGACCUGGAAAACUUGGGUGGAAGAUUUAUUUUUCUGGUGAUGCUUUUGUUACGUUCCCCACCCCUGGAACUCCCUACAACUACUAAUCUAGCUCCUAUUUUGUAAUAAAAUUUUAUCACAUGGA